AUGUCGACUGAGAACGCUACUAUCAACACCUCCACGGGGAAGCACCCCGUUGACCCCUAUAAGGCCCAGAACGCCGAAGAUCCUCCGUUGCCUCAGAAGGUGGAGGAGCUCGUCGAAUUCAUUAACCAGGUCAAGUUUGGCAUGUUGACCACCAAGCAAUCUGACGGCGAAUAUCUGACCUCGCGAUGCAUGGCUUUGGCUGCCACUGAACACGGCGGCAUUGACCUCGUCUUCCACACCAAUCUCUUCUCCGGCAAGACCAUGGACUUGACCGUCCACCCCCAAGAGACCAACAUGUCCUUCCUUGACCCCGUCAGCGGAUCAUGGGCCUCCAUCUCCGGCACCGCGUCCAUCGUCUCCGACCCCGCCACCGUCUCAAAGUAUUACUCCCCGCAAUUGAAGGCCUGGAUCGGCGAUAUGGGCGACGGCGUUCACGACGGCGGCCCAACCGACCCCCGCAUUGGAGUCAUCAAGUUGGAAGCGAAGCUGGCGACCCAUGUCGCUUCGAAGAAGGGUAUCCUGGGUCGCGCGAUGGAUACGGUCAAGGGUGCGAUCAAGGGAGAUGUGCCUGCUAUCAACAGCAUUCGGGAACUCAGCUCGGAGGAGCUGGCUGAAUGGCGCAAAUCUCACCAGGAGUAA